AUGCCUGUUAUUAUAGAGUUAGCGGCUGGUAUAAGUGCGAUAGCGAUUCCGCUCAAUGAACAGUAUAAAAUAACCAAAGAAUCAUUGACUGAAGAAACAAGAAAGGAAUUGGAAAAGAAGUGUGAUCCUGCAAAAAUAUUUUCAGAUGUCUUCCACGCCUUAUCCUUACAUCGGCGUCACAGCAUUCUUCCUUUUUUAGACAGCGGGGUAAAGAAAAUUUUAGAUGCUUGUCCAAUAGACGACUUUUUGUUUGGAAGGUCUUUUCCGGACCAGCUAAAAAGCUCGAAUGAAGCACAACGUUUGGGGUCCACCAUUAAGAAGAAGGAUAAGACUCCACAGUACCUUACUUCGAAAGCUCUUAUAACUCUUAUUCUGGCCAAAAUUGAAAAAAUAUUAUCAAAAGAUAGAUGCUCAACUCUCAUCCUAGCUCAACUAAUAUGUAAAUUCGUAGCUGCUUGUCCCACAAACAACGAUGCAUUUAUAUUUUGGUGGAUGAGGGGUUAA